AUGAAUGGUCAAGUAACUAUUGAAGUUAUUGGAGAGAAUAAUUUAUCUAAUAAAAUCAAUGUCAAUUUAAAUAGUUCGAAAAUGACAUUAGCAACAAUUCUCGCAGACUAUGGAAUUGUCGAAGCAGCAUGUCAAGAAAAAUUAUCAUGUUGUACAUGUGUGGGUGGAAUAGAAACAAUACCAAACGGUGUUCUUUCUCAACCAACAGAAGAUGAAUUAGAUAUAACAGAUACAGUUAUAAAAAGCUUCUCUGUAGAAGGAACACAAGUUAGGGCAGGAUGUCAAAUUAUUUUACAACCUGGAGUACACUACAAGUUUACAUCAUUAAACAACUUGUCUAAACUCAAAACGCAAGUUUCGAACUUUCAAUCAUAA